AUUWAGACAGAUGUCUGUUGGGUUAUUGCAUGAUAAUCAAAACAAAGCCAAGCACUGCGUCUGUGAAGCAGCUCUGUGAUCUGUUGCAUGGAUAUUUGUCUGCAAUGCCUGGUUUAGGAUCAAAGAAGAAAGACUAUGUGUCCAGACCGGACAGAUCCRUCGGGGACUUGCCCCAGCUGAGCAAUGAAAUGCAGCUUAGCAUCAUGAACAGGGUGAAAAAUGGAGAGAUAUCCAUCGACGACGCUGUGAACCAGGCAAGAAAGGAAAGAGAGCAGCUCCUCCAGGAACAGCCUGAGAGAAGUACAACACAGCAGUACAACUUCAGCGUUCAUAAACAUGGCCGCUACAGGUGGCAGAAGCGGGUUCUACAGAUUGAUUUCAAGACCAAACUGCUGUGCAGCAUAGAGAGAGGCAUCGUCAAACGCCAGCUGUCUUUCUCCAUUGUCAAGAGCUGUGAUGAUGGGGAUGGUUCCCGGUUCUCCAUUUCUUUUAAAGGACACCAUGACUAUGAACUGGAGGCUACAUCGCUGGAGGACAAACACAAGAUGAUGCAGCUUGUGAAUCAGAUCAUUCAUGGAAACAUAUACAGAGGUUCUGAAAGCGAGAACUCAGAAUCGCAGCAGGAGCCUCAAGCAUCGCAGAGCCUUAAGGAAGGCGUAUUGUUACUGCACAGAGGAGGACUGGCAUCAUUCAAAUGGGUGAAAUACAAAGCUCAGCUCCACCCAGGGGAGCUGACACUGGUCUCAUUCAGUCAGCGAAGCAACGUAGAUGGCGACGUGACAUCCUCAGUUCCUCUUUCCACUGUGAUUCACUUAUCAGAUGGUGACACCAGUGUACAGAAACCAUAUGGCUAUAACACAUUUAUUCUUAUCACCCACAGAAAUGAGUACCAGUUUAAAGUCCCUGCACAAGAGGAAGCAGUUUCUCCUGGUGCUGUGCAGAAGGAGCGUGAUGCCUGGGUCAAAGCCAUCCACAAACUGUGUUCACAUUGGAAAAGGAAGUCCAGAUCUGAACAGAUGUUUGCAGAAUCAAAGAGCUUACAACAUAUCAGUAUACCUGAAGACGUUGAUGACAGUGACACAGAUCUUGAGCACAGUGGUGGAUUUGCUGCUGAAGAUUUUGUUCCAGAGGACGAUAAAAAUUCAGAUUCCACAUCCGGAGAAAGAGAGUGCUCAUUGCUUGAGGAAGAAGGUCCGAGUUCUCCCUCAGCUGACACAAAGCCAGUCCCAAGACCCCGCAUUGGCAAGGCUGCCGUUCAAGUUACUGCUGGAUCAGACAAUUUGAGUCCCCUCCUGUCUCCAACCUCUCCUUAUGCGUCUGUCUCAAAAUUACCCUUGUCCCCCCCACACUCACCCUGCCAUGCUGGCCUCAUGUCCUUUCCUUCAGGCCCGGAGUCUCAAAAACCAGCCUCGCCAGAUGUGAAAGAACCUCCACCCCAGUUCAUCCCACCUCCACCACCUCUGCCUAUUAAACAAAGUACUCUUAGAAAAGCCAGAACAAAGGCCUUUCACUGGGACCUCAUUGGGGAUGAGAAGAUUGCAAAAACAUUUUGGGUUCAGAAAAAGAAAAAAGAAAUCGACACAUCACGUUUGUACGAGCAGUUCGCUGUGAAAGAUGUGGGAUCGUUUGGCACAACGGACUCGAGUAGUUCGCAGCACAUCAUGCUCAACCAGAAGAUUGCGCACAACUUCAACAUUUUCCUCAAAAGUUUUCCGGUGCAACCAGGGGAGCUGAAGGWMAAACUGUUCAUUAUUAAUGAGGAAGAUGGAGGUCUGUCUGAUGAGCACAUCACCUCUCUGAGAAGGUACGUCCCCACUGUGGAGGAUGUGGAAAUGUAUAAAUCCCACAAGGGUCCAGUUUCAGAGCUGCAUGUCGUGGACCAGUACAUGAUGGAGAUGUGCAACAUCCCCUACCUGAGCACGCAACUCGACCUGCUUCUGACGCUGAGAGAGCUCCCGAUCAGCAUGAAAGACCUGCAGCCCCUGAUUAACCAGAAGAUCAGAAUGUGCAAGCAGCUGUACAACUCCAGGUCAUUUGUUUCCGUGCUGGAGUACCUCCUCGCUAUAGGCAAUUACCUGAACGAGAACACCGGAAAGGAAAAGGCCAAGGGAUUCCGCCUCUCGUCCUUAACCAAACUUUCCCAGYUGCGUGGGAGGGACAAGAAUUUCACCUUGCUCCAUGCCCUACUGGAGCAGAUCAUGUUGCAGGAACCGGGCCUGGCCACUUUUACCCAGGACUUGGCAGAAUUUGAAACUGUCCCUGGAGCUUCCAUCAAAGGCUUGACCGCAGAAGUGGAUGUGCUGAAGAACGAAGUGCAGAAAGUGCUUCAUUACAGAAAAACCAUCAGGAAGAGGAACGUUGCAGCUCAUCACCCAAACUUCACUAAAGAUCUUAAGAUGGCAAUAGAGAAGUACAACCUGCAACUCGAGUCGAUGACGAAGACUUGUGAGGAGAUGAAGAAACUCUACUCUGUCAUACUGGUUAAAUUUGGAGAACCACUGGAUCAGGACUCCCAGGAGCUGUUCGGGAUGAUCUGUCAGUUCCUCCAUGACUUUCAAAGGGUGCACGCUGAAACUGCUUGAGCUGAAACUGUAUUAGCAUAAAUUAGUGAGGCAGAA